AUGGUGUACCUAGGCUUGAGAGGCAAAAAACUUCUCGCUGGAAUUACAAUUUCCAGUGGUCUGGGUUUUGUUCUCUUUGGCUAUGACAAUGGUGUUAUUGGCGGUCUUCUUACCGCUCCAGAUUUUGAGUCGACGUUCAAUCUCGACGCUACGCUUCAAGGAGUGGUCACCUCGUUAUUCGAGCUUGGGUGUUUCUUCGGGUCUCUAGUCACGGCAGCUGCAGGUGGCCGACUGGGCCGUCGAACACUCGCACACUUCGGAACCCUCGCCAUUACUAUUGGUGCUCUUCUCCAAGCCUCCAGUUUCUCUGUUGGCCAGUUGAUGGCCGGCCGCAUCGUUGCUGGCAUUGGGCUCGGUCUCAUAUCAAGCAACAUUGCCAUCUGGCAGUCCGAAACAGCCCCGGCAAAAGUGCGUGGCACUCUAGUUGCGUGCUCCCUCAGUUUCCUCAUUGUCGGCCAGCUUCUGGCGAACUUGAUCGACUAUGGCAUGAAUAGCUACUCUGGCCCUGUCACAUGGCGAUUCCCAAUUGCUUUCCAGGCGGCUGUGGCGCUUCUAAUGAGCGCACUCUUAUUUUUCAUGCCAGAAUCUCCUCGAUAUCUCAUGAUGAAAGAUCGUAUUGAAGAAACUGCCUCCGUUCUCCAAGCCCUCAAAGACACCACUGACAGAGGAGUUGUGACUGCUGAGAUCGCAGAGAUCAAGGAAGCCCUUUUGCUCGAACUCAACGCCCAGAAGAGCUGGUCCGAUCUUUUCAAAAGCGGCAAGGUUAAGUCGCGCCGUCGAGUCAUCAUUGCCUGCGUCGUCAACUUGAUGCAAGAUCUUAGUGGAAGCACUCCGAUAGCUUAUUACACCACUUUUAUAUUCCAGAAUUCCGUUGGCUUCUCCCGACAUUUGUCUUUGCUCAUGUCUAUCUUUCUGCAGUUGUGGUUCCUCCUGGCAUCAACCCUCACUUGGUGGCUCAUUGAGCGUGUAGGGCGUCGAAGAUUGUUCAUGCUCUCCGCUUGCUGUAUGGGCAUGGUGAUGGCGGUUGUUGCUGCAAUGCUUGCCGUUAAUACUCAUACUUCUGGUAUCGUGGCCGUGGUCAUGAUCUUCGCAUAUCAGGCAUUUUUUACGUGGGGGUUCAUGGGUGGUGUCUGGGCCUAUGGGCCGGAGAUCCUGCCGCUCGAGUAUCGAUCGAAAGGCAUGGGCCUCGCCACUGCCACACUUUGGCUUUUCUCUUUUGUCAUGGUGGAGAUUGUCCCAUCAAGCAUAGCCAACAUUGGAUGGAAAACGUACAUCAUCUUCGCCGUUUUCAACUUCUCCUUCAUCCCCAUCAUCUACCUAUUCUUUCCUGAGACCAAGGGACUUAGCCUAGAGCUGGUGGAUCUCGCUUUCAUGGACGAUACCAUGUCCCCAGUCAAGCGUGCCACGGAACUGCACAAGAUGAUGGCUUCAGGCGAAGAGUUAACGCUCAGAACUGAAAUUGGAGCGAAAACUAUUGAUUUUGUGCAUGUAGAAGGAAAGUCUGCAUAA